AUGUCAGAGGUUCCACCAGAAAGGUUUCAUAUCCCAUCCAUCAAGCUCUGUGACGGAAGCACCGACCCCUAUGAUCACGUAGAACUUUUCUCCUCUCACAUGUUGGUGCAAUCGGGAUUUGACGAGAUGUGGUGCCGGGCAUUUUCGACUACUUUGGGAGGUUAUGCCCGGACUUGGUACUCUUGCCUUCCCCAUCAUUUCAUCAACAGCUGGGAAGAGCUGAAGACCUGUUUCCUAGCCCAUUACGCUCCCUUGAAGGGCCACCAGAAGUCUUCCAUGGCUCUGGUGAACAUCAAGCAAAAUCAAGGUGAAUCCCUAAGGGAUUUCGUGGCUAGGUUUAAUGAGGAGGCGUUGAGCAUUGACGAGUUUGAUCAGAGGAUCGCAAUGGUGGCUCUCCAGAAUGGCUUGAGGGCUGGACCAUUCGCCCAGUCCUUGGCUAAGACUCUACCUCGUACUUUCACAGAAGCCCUUACACGGGCUAACAAGUACAUUAACGCUGAAGAGGUGAUGAAGGUGAAGCGGGUUGAACAACCGGACAAGAAAGAAAGAGAAAAGGAGAAGAAAAAGUCUGUGGAUAAGAAUUAUUUGCGACGUCCUCCCCCGCUGAAGUCCCCACUUAACACUAGAAGCAAAAAAAGGUAUUGUCGCUUCCAUCGCGACCACGACCAUGAGACAGAGGACUGCAUCCAAUUGAAAGAAGAAAUACAGGAGCUUAUCAAUCGGGGUUACCUCCGCGAUUUCAUUAGUCGAGGAGGUGUGAACUCGGGCAAGGUAGAAUCCCAGCCGGAGCAAAGAAGAAAGUCUCCUACUCGUGAUCGCUUUCGAGAGCGAAGCAGAACACCGCCACAGAGAGAAGGAAAACAACCAGCCGAGGAGGGAGGACAUAAGUUUAUCUUGUACACGUUGGCGGCGGGAACAGUUCCGGGGCCUCACUCAACUGCUCCCAAGAGCGUGGUAAAAGAGAAGGUGGUCAUCGCGUUCUCUGAAGAGGAUCUUCCGAGCUACCCCAACUAUUCAGAUCCGUUGAUGAUCACUGCUCAAGUAGGAGAGUGGGAGAUGAGGCGAAUCCUCGUGCACCCGGGUAGCUUUUUGGAGAUUCUUUACAAGAGGGCAUUCCUAGGGAUGGGGUUCACUCUUGAUCAGCUGAGGCCAGUUCGUGUCCCCUUGGUGGGUUUUGAUGGAAUGGUGAUUCAUUUCGAGGGGUUGAUCCGGCUACCCCUGACGGUCAGUAGUGGCUCUCAUAAAUCUCAGGUGACGUUAGAUUUUUUGGUUGCUGAUGUGCCCUCAGCAUACAAUAUGAUCCUUGGUAGGUUCGGGCUUAGUGCUCUGAGGGCGGUACCAAGCACAUAUCACAUGGUGUUGAAAUUCCCUACUCUAGGAGGGAUUGGCAAGGUAAGAGGGGUCCAACGGCAGGCUAGGGAAUGCUACGUAGCCUUUUUGAGUGCUACUAUAGCCAAGGGGUCAGAGUCAGACUCAAGGCCGAACCAGGAUGCUAUCCCUCAAGAGGUCAGGGCCAAAUGGGAUGAAACAGGGAAAAGCCUUACGUAUAGAAGCAGGUCAGAGAUCGGUAAGGGGGGAGGGACAGAGUCCUGUCGCUCCUCCCAUGGUGGUUACCAGUUUCAUCUUGGAAGGUCCGGAGGAGCCCAAGACCUCGGAGCCGGUGGACGAGCUCAAGGAAGUCUUGCUAGGGGAAGAGCCCGAUCGGACAAUGUAGAUCAGUUCCAAGUUACAGGAGCCCUUGCGGUCUGA